AAGGGAAGCGUCUCAGGCGUCACUUCUCUGUUCGCUCUUCCUCCUUUAAGAAGCAGCAGAGUCUCAGUAAACAGAGAGAGAAACCAUGAAGCUCCGUUUACAUCACUCUUUAUUUAUAACAGCUGUGUUAUUAUUCUGUGUUGCUGCAGAAAACCUUCAAGCACCUGACGUCCACACGAAGCUGGGCAGCCUGAGAGGUCAGUAUGUGAGUGUAAAGGGGAAGGAGACCGGCGUCCACUCCUACCUGGGCGUCCCGUUCGCUAAGCCCCCCGUGGGUCCGGCUCUGAGACUGGCUGCCCCCCAGCCUGUAGAGGCGUGGAAGGGAGUGAGAGACGCCACCCGGCAGCCAAACAUGUGUGUUCAACACAGACAGGUUUCUAUAGAUAUGCUGGAGCAGUUCGGUGAACUGGUGGUAGACCUGCCCGACAUAUCAGAGGACUGCCUUUACCUCAACGUUCACACUCCUGCAAACAGAGCUCACGAUGCCAAGCUGCCAGUCAUGGUCUGGAUCCACGGCGGAGGGUUUGCGAUGGGGUCAGCAUCGAUGUAUGACGGCUCCGCCCUGGCUGCUUACCAGGAUGUGGUUGUGGUUGUGAUCCAGUACCGCUUGGGACUUCUGGGCUUUCUCAGCACUGGAGAUGAGCACAUGUCGGGGAACUUUGGCCUGUUGGACCAGGUUCAAGCUCUGAGGUGGAUCCAGCAGCACAUCCACAACUUUGGAGGAGACCCAGGUUUAGUGACCAUCUUUGGGGAGUCUGCUGGCGGAGUGAGCGUAUCCCUUCUGCUUCUGUCACCGUUGUCUGACGGCCUGUUCCACCACGCUAUUGCUGAGAGUGGCACUGCUGCAAUGGAUGUACUCAUUGUAAAUGAUCCUCUACCCAUAACGCAGGUGGUAGCAAAUAUAUCCGGCUGCAGCCUCGAGAGCACGCAGAAGAUCGCUGACUGCAUGAGAAACGUCAAUAUUAACACUAUUGUGGAUAUGGGACAGGGUGAAUAUUUGAGAAUAUCUGUAAAUAUUGACGGACUCUUCCUGACGAAACCGGUGAACGAGUUGUUCCACAAACAUCAACUACUCAAAGUCCCGUAUCUGACCGGCAUCAAUAAUCAUGAAGGCGGCUGGAUGCUUACUGCUUUCUUUGCUCCUGCGAACUGGACCGAGGGAAUGGACCGGGAGCACGUCAAGAACAUGCUGUACAUGUUCUACCCUAACCCUGACGAUGCGAUCCUCAGAGAUCUGUUGUUAGAAGAAUAUAUCGGAACCGGUGAGGAUCGUCUGAAAAACAGAGACGGGUUCACUGAGGUGAUCGGAGACAUGAUGUUCUUCAUCCCAGCCAUUAGGGCUGUUAACGCCCACAGAGAUGCAGGUGCUCCUGUGUACCUGUACGAGUACCAGCAUUCUCUCAAAUUACUGCAGAAGAAAAGGCCGAGCUUUGUCCGGAGUGACCACGGAGAUGAAGUAUUUUCAGUGUUAGGACUCUGCUUCACAACUACCCAUGUCAAAUUAGGCGAUGCAUGCAAUGAAGAGGACGAACAGAUGGGCAGAACCAUGAUGAGCUACUGGGGCAACUUUGCUCGCACAGGGAGUCCUAAUGGGGACGGCCUGGUCCACUGGCCAAAGUACGGAGCAGAAGGAGACUACCUGUCUAUAGAUUCAAAGGAGCAGGUGACGGGUCAGCACCUGAAGAAGGACCGGUUCGUCCUCGUCACUCAGACUCUACCGGAGAAGAGCCGACAACACAUGGAGAAGGCGGAGCGCAACGAGCUGUAAAACAAUCACCUCGCCUUUCUCUUUUUUAUUGAUUCCAUCUUUAACCAAAAAACAAGUCAGUCAAAAAUGUAUGUGAUGAUGAUAAUAAUAAUUUAACAAAUUGAAGUACUUUUGUAAUACUUUUUGUAGCCUAUACAAAGCAGGAGAUCUUUUCAAAAUGUGUCUUUAGAAGAUUUUCAAAUCCUACAGCUGAACUUAAAAAUCUGUGUAUGAUGUGGCGAGUCAAAACUUAGAGUCGGGUGAAUACCAUGUAAGGGAUAAUGUACAGCGAGCCGGUCAUUGUUGUGAAAUAUCUCCCAAUCUGGGGGGGGUCCCCAGGUCGGGAACCAGUGCCAUAAGUCAUGAUACUUCUACUGUGUUUGCCCACAUAUUUAAUAUCUCCUUAAUAAUCUGGAUUCAAAUAUGAAAUAAAAAUCCUCUGAAGCUGU